CCGUUUAACGGAGGGAAGCCGGGGCUAGGCAGCGACUGAGGCCACGUUCGAAUUCAGGUCCUCGGACACCAGCCCAGCUUCCAAGCCCUGCUCCGCACCCGAAUCGGAGAUGGGCGGUCACCUACUUCACCCUCUCGGGGCUUCUUUGGAUGAGGUGGUGGCAGCAAGAGUGGCAGUGGGGCCGCCAGCCUCCAAGGAGCUGUGAAGAUUACUGGGCUGAAUGGAAGCACUGCCGAACGAUCCGGAACUUCCUUCAUCAUUACUACACCUAUGGCGAGAGCCCAGCCUGUGACCAGUGGAAGAGAGACUACAAAAACUGCCAGCAGUGGGAGGAGAGCAGGAGUCCGGACGCCAAGCAACUUCUCUGCCAAAGCGAGCAAGCCCGCAUCCUGGCCAAGCAGAAGCACCCCCCAGUGUGGACCUUGAGGCAGAAUCCCCCCAGAGACUGGCACUUGCCUCUGCCUGAGGAGGAGAAAUCCAAACAGGCAGGCAGCCCCAGGAAGGUCUGUGGAGCACCGUCCACCGCUCCAUCCACCCUUCACCCACCUGUUCGACCCUCGCAAUAACCCGGGGAAGCCUGCUCCGACUGGAAGAGCCCGGGCUCACCUCGACCACCUUCCGAGUGACCCUGGACAGUUUUUAAGAGCAAGUUCUCCAUUUCCCUUUUCUAUAACCCAAUAAAAACUCAUUGGACUGUC